AAUGAGGCAAAAAUGUGAUUCCUUGUUGAGUUAACUUGCAUAUGCCCACCCAGAAUCCUUUGCAGUAGUAACAUCACUGCAAAUUUGAUUUCUGUGGGAAAAGAAAGUCUUAUGGCUUGAUUGGUGUGCAGAUUUUUGUUUAUGUAUGUAUUUAAAAAAGAGUGCACUCGAAGGACUUGAUACGUUUCAAAGAUGUGCUUUAUUCAGCUUACAAAUAUCAGUGUCGACGUUUCAGUCCAGCCGGACUUAUUUCAAGACAAUUUACAAAGGUAAAACACCUGUUUAAAUGCUGUGCUAGAAUUAGCUAAUUAGAGAGUGAAACAGGUGUGAAAUGAAAUCCUGUGAUGUCAGAGUAGACGUGUACAUUUUUGAAAAAGUCACGAGAAUCCAUUAACCCGAUCUAUCAAACCAAGUGGUAGAAUGAAAAGGGCUGGACUAAAAGAUGUAGAAAAAGAUUUACAAAAUACAGAAGAUGGAUGUGAGGGUCUGCGGAGUCAAAAUAAAAUAAACAUAAAAAGAUUAAAAAAACAGUGGUACAUGUAAAGUAUACGUGAAAAGACCCCGUGGAAUCCCACACACAUCACAGAAAGAUAUACUCAACAUAAGCUGGUGCAUGAGGCUGAUACGAGAUGGUUAUAUUAAGUAAAGAUAGAUUGUAGCAAUAAUGUACACAUACUCCUACAGGAUUAGGAAAUCAGAGCUGCGAUGUAGUCAUAUGCAAGUAACAAAGUAAAAAAUAUAAUGAAAGGGAACCAAUGCAGCAUACUUGAGCCCACCCAACAUGCAUGAAGAUUCCAAAUAUACAUAAGGCAACACUUAUUAAUGUCAAAAUUCAAGUUCAUCAUAGUUUCUGCAUGGAAGCACCGCAACAGCGGUUAGAAGAAAUUACAAAAAAGUAUAUGCACCUAAUUAUAUCUGAAAAAAAUGUAUGGAAAAAAUAUACAGAAAAAUAUAUACACAUCCAUCUUCUGUAUCUUGUAAAUAGUCUUUCUACAUCUUUUAGUCCAGCACUUUUCAUUCUAUCACUUGGUUUGAUAGGGUUAAUGGAUUCUCGUGACUUUUUCAAAAAUGUACAUGUUACAUCUGAUAUCACAAGAUUUCGUUUCACACCUGUUUCACUCUCUAAUUAGCAAAUUCUAGCACAGUUCCUUUACCUUUGUAAAUUAUCUUAACGUUCGGGUGGGCUGAAACAUCGACCAUGUAUAUUUGUAAGUUGAAUAAAGCACAUAUUUGAAACUUAUCAAGUCCUUCGAGUGCACUCUUUUUGGAACAUAUGAAUUGGCUGGAGGUAGCACUAAGGAGAGUACAAGAUUGGGAACAGUGAGUGGCAGGGAACAAGAAAUUUUUUUUAUAUACAGUUUCAUAGUCCUGGAGACACAGUGGGGUGUGAAAAAUAAUUUAAUGUGGAAAGUUGAGAGAAUAUCCAUUUUUGAUUCUCCAUUUUUCAAGAAUACUUUGUGCGAUUAUUGCUAAUCGGCUGAAUAGCUCUCCUUUUAUUAAUCUCUGAAGGGUGACCACCGAUCAUUAAAACAGCGGCUUCCUUCGAUUGCCACAUCUUUAGUAUCUUUUCAAAGUCCCCAAUUUCACCAGCCACAUUUGGUAUUAAAUAUAUGUAGGUGGGCGUGGAAAUGGACAAUAAAGUUAAAAGGUGAUUGGGUUAUAAUUGUUGCAGUGUUAGUUGGGAAGAGAAAGCUGAAGAGAAAAGAAAGAACAUUACCUCAGGGAAUGAUGUUUGUAGAAAUAAGAGGAGCAGGUGGGGGAGGGAGUACUGGUGGGAACUCAGAAGGUAUGCUUCAGAACAAAAGGGCAUGAAAUUUUGUUGAUUCCCAACCCCCCACCCCCCCCUCGCCAAAGCACCACCAAAAAAAGCAACAAAUCCAGUCUGGUACCCACGAAAGUGAUGUUUAUUGGGGUAGAAAAUAUAUUUUGCAUUAUAACAACCAAAAAGUGGAAAGAUGAAAAAAUAAAAAAAAAUGCAUAUACAACUGAAAGUUUGUAUACAAAUAACCCAGCAGAAGAAAAUAUAUUUUGCCACUCAAGAACAUUUAAAUGACAAUUUUGCCAUCUUUUCUUGUAGUUAAGACUGUGAUCCUCACUAAAUGGCAUGUGUAGUAGGUCCCUUAAUACUACAAGGCAUGUGUUGUCAGUCUUAUGGAGGCAUGAAUACAAAAAAACACUGCUUUUAAAUUUUCUGUCACCCCCAAAACAAAAUGAGCAUAUCAUAAAGAUAAAAUCUGUAUUAAAUGCCCAUAAAUACUGUUAACAUUUCACAGAGAUUCCAACCCAGUCAUGAUAUGUCUAAAUAGGGACUACUUUUUCAUAUGUAUUUUUCCUAUGAUUGACAGGCAAGCCCUUAGGAUUCCGUGACAAGGGGGGGGGGCUGCCCUGUAGGGUAUUGGAAGAUUUUAAAAGGUGACUGCCGCUUUAAGACCUGCAUAUUAUUAAUAAAGCGCCAACAAAUUCUUUAGCGCUGUACAAUAGAUGGACUAACAUACGUUUAUUUGCAAAAAGACGAGCUGGACGCACAGGAACAGAGCGUGUUAAGGGACCUACUACAAUGAGCUUGCCAUUCUAGAGGCAUAUCAUCCGCAUCCAGCAAUACUCCACUAUGUACUAGUUUAUUUGUGCCUGAAAUGUUUAGUCAUAUUGCUUGCACCGUAGGAAACCAUAUACUGCUUUGUGAAGGUAAAAAGCAUUGCAUAGUGUGUGUGUGUGUAUAUAUAUGUGUGUGUGUGUGUGUGUGUGUGUAUGUAUAUAUAUAUGUAUAUAUAUAUAUAUAUAUAUAUAUAUAUAUAUAUAUAUAUAUAUAUAUAUAUAUAAAAAAAAAAAAAAAAAAAUGCAAUAUUGGUAUACGGCAAUGCUCUGGUAUUUUGGCAUCUUGUCUACUGGACUAAUACGAAAACACAAAAGCUUGUUUGAAAUAAUGCAUACUGCAAUUCUCUGGUAUUUUAGAUAUAUAUAUUGUGGCAGAAAUGCCUCUGCCACAUGUUCUUGGAGGGGCCUGCUUGCCAGCCUCCUGCCAAAAGACUGGGCCCUUUUAAAACUUGUGUUUUUUGUACUCCAUAAGGAGAGACCAACUGUUGGCCCGAAUUCACUAGAACUGUUUUGGGCAUAGGACCAUGUGCACGGUCGGUCAAAAUUGUGACUUCCAUGGAAAUCCAGAACCCCUGAACCGAUCCGGGUGAUUUUUGGAGGACUUUUGUGAGGUUUCCAUGUGUUUUUUGGGGUGGUGUUGUAUUGCAUGUUUUUCUGUGCUUGGAGAUAAUUGGAUUAGAUUAGUACAGUUCCUGAUCCAAUUAUCUCACAGGCACAGAGGAGGGAUUAUCUUAUGUAUUUGUUUCUACUGUGGUUUACUCUCAGGUCCAGGGAGUGCCCCUUGAAUGGGGACCUGCAUAUAAAUUGUGGCUACCAUUAAAGAGUUCCUGCUUACCCUCAACACAAAGCAUCGUCUCGUGAUUGGAGGAACCGCUAUAUCUGCUAUAAUCCCUGCUCAUGGGAUUGUUCUUUGGAUUGCUAUAAACACUAGCUCUUGUAAGAGCUACACUGCUAUACUCUCUUGGAGGAGAGGUCUUCCCACUGGGAGCUGGAUCUAGGAGUUUGGUCUAGGGUGGGGCAGCUAAGGGGCUGCGGUGCUUAUGGUAUUCAGCGACAGCUAGGAAGCAUCAAUUUGCGGAGGUAACUAGUCGGGGUGCCAGGCUGAUAGAGAGAGAGAGAGAGAGAGAGAGAUUGAAAUACCAGAGCAAUGCAUUAUACAAUGAUACCUUUUUUUUUUUUUUUUGGUCAAUCCACAAAAUAUAUAUGUAUUGUAGAAGACAACUUUUAAAAGUUCUUUUUGAGAUUUCUGUAAUAACACAAAAAAGCUUCUUGCUGUAUUGAGGCAGUUAUUAGUUUUUGUGAUGUCUUAUUAAAACGGGAAUUCUGUAUGCUGUUGCAAUGGAUAUUAAAGUUGAUGGCAGACUCUCACACAGCAUGCUUUGGUUUUGUAAGGGAAAAGUGUUUUUGCAGAACAGGUGCCCCCAGGGAGAUUUCUAACCAAGAAGAUCAUUUUACAGUCUCAUCAGAUUAUCUGGGCCAUGGAAGGAGUUUCUCUGUUAAUUUGCUCUUUGCAGCGUUGCAACACUUGGCAAAAUUCUCUUGCAGUUGUAAUUUCUCAUUGAGGCUACUCCAGAUUGCAUGUUAUUUAUCAUGUACUUGUCUUCCCAAACAGUUUUGUUUUUGUACGUUGGUUUUUAAUUUUAUUUGUUUUUGAGUUUUCCUUUCUUGGAGCUAUAGGUAUCAAAACAACUUUAGCUUAAGGGACACUCCAGGCACAUAGGUAAUAGGAGUAGGUGAUGUGUAGAGUCCCACAAGGGGAAACCAACAUCAGGAGAGCUCCACUGUAUAAAAAAUGGGGAAGGGAGGCCCUACCUUUAAUCAAUCUAAGGAUAAAAAGGGAUAUGCAAACAAAAAGUAUAACUUGGGGGGGGAGGGGAGGAGGGAAGGGAGAUCUACUAAACGGUGCCCAUGGGAUCAAUUGUCUCUUUUUUUUCCAAGUUAUACUUUUUGUUUGCAUAUCCUUUUUUAUCCUUAGAUUGAUUAAAGGGAGGGCCUCCUUUCCCCAUUUCUUAUACAGUGGAGCUCUCCUGAUGUUGGUUUCCCCUUGUGGGACUCUACACAUCACCUACUCCUAUUACCUACAUAUUUUGGAGGGUUACCCCCUCAUUGGAGCUCCCUAUUAAGUGGUUACAGUGGUGCAGCUUUAUGAGCCCUUGACUUGUAUCCAGACUCCUGACCUGCACUCUGUUUACUUUUUCUCCACUUUGUGUUUCACUCCAGGCACCUAGACAACUUCUGUCCUUUGGGGUGGUCUGGGUGCCAACUCACCCUUAACCCUGCUAGUAUAAUUAUUGCAGUUUUUAUUGCAGUAUAAUUAUUGCAGUUUCUAUCAGACAGCCACUAGAGGGACUUCCGGCUUCUUAAAACACGAAAACGGUUUUAAACGAUGCAGGACAUCCUCACGCUGUGUAUGAGGACAUCCAGCUUUGCCGGAAUCCCCAAAGGAAGGCAUUGAAUAAUGCUUUCCAAUGGGAAAGUCUAAUGCGCACGUGGCAAUUGCCGCGCAUGUGCAUUAGGUCUCCCCGUCGGCUGGCGACGGGGGAGGAGCUUGGGCGGAGCCUGACCCAGCGCCGAGCGCUGGAUUCAGGUAAGUCACUGAAGGGAUUUUAACCCUUAACCAUCAUGGGGUGAAAAUGAAGGGGGCACUGCAGGAUUCUGAUUUGUUCUCCUGGCACUGGAGAGUCCCUUUAAUGAAGCAGUUUGGGAGUAUAGAUCAUGCAGUCUCACAGCUUAAAUCUCUGCCUCUCAUAGGCUGCACGAAUAAAACUUUUUUUUUUUUUUAAAUCCGAUCUUAAAGGAAAACUAUAGUCACCAGACCCACUACAGCUUAAUGUAGUGGUUCUGGUUUCUAUAACCUGUCCCUGCAUUGCAAUGCAUUUAUUCAUUUCCUAUGGUAAAUUGUUAAAUUGGCUGAGAUCAAGAUUGAUUGCCGUUUACUAAGAUCAGAGAUGGCCAGUUGCCUAAGCAGCCACUUCAGAACUAUAGUAUCAUGAAUACACAUAUGUAUUCCUGUCUCUAGUCUCUCUUUAAUCACACAGGAGACUUUGGCAGAGUCUUGAAUAUGAACAGAGCAAGAGAAAAUAAAAUCUAAAGUAAACAUAUUGUGCAAUAAAGGAAGAUCUCUUUACAGGCAGUGUUUAGGAAGGCUGUGGCUAGGACUGCAUAAACACAUUUACAAAAUAAAACAUUUUUACAAUGCUUAGCAAAUCUAUAAAAUGUUUUAUCUAAGGUUAGCAGAAAGGCAGCAAAAAAGUUUAGAUGCCUUUUGAUUGGGUUAUUGAAAACUAGUGUUCACUUGUAAUCUGCAGGAUAUGUUUACCAUCCCAUCCCCUUUCUUUUUAUGCUGAUUUGGUACUGGUUUGCUAUCCCCAGUGGUUUGGGUGACCAACUUAAAGUAUCUUAAAAUUUUUUACUUAAUUAUUUUUGAUGUAUACAGCAUACUCAUGCAGUCUCAAUUCAAGACUUUGGCAUAUAGGAAUUAAGUAACUUUUGCAGUCUUGUCCACACCUCCCCUGAAUAUGCGUUGCAUACCUCCCUACAAACGUCCUGUAAAGAGAAAUUGGCUUAGACUUCCUUUAUUGCACAGUUAAUUAAAUUAGAAUGUAUUAAUUGCCUGUUGGAGCCUCGUUUUUGAAGUUCAUUUAGGAAAAUCUUUUAUAAAGUAAAAACAGUGCUCUGUAAGAUCUGAUUUAAAAUGGAAACUAUUUUUUUUUUUUUUUUUUUUCUCAUGUUGCUCUGUGUGUGUGACUCACAGCCAGGGAAGGUGUGGCUAGAGCUGCAUAAACAGAAGCAGAAUACUUUAAAUACUACACAGCCGAGAAUUGAGCAAUAAUACUGCAAAGGUAUGUCCUAUACACCUAAAUUGCUCAAGAUGGGGAUUAGAUUAUCCGUUUAAAUAUGGUCUGCAUCAAACUAGUAAAAUAAGUUGGACAACUGUCAAAUCUUUGACAGUAUCAUUGAUUUAGCAACUUCACUAUGCUGUGAAACAUGGGGAAGGCGUCUUACUCAGUCAUGUGCAGUUAGCUGUAUUCUGUUAACAUUAAGGUAGCUAGCGGCAAAAAUGUAGAACUCUGCCUGAAGAGGUGGUUUUAUUAGUCCGUACAGAAUUUUAAACAGUGGCUUAAUUCGUGCAAAAGGGAUAUCCCAAUUAAUAUAUGGAGUAACAGCUUUUUGAUCUAUGGAGAGAUCUGACUGCCAACCUCUUCCCCACCACCCAUUCCCCCCUCCUUAGUUUUUGAUAGCAAAAUUGAAAAAAUCCUCAAACUGGGUUUUUUCCCUUCUUUUUUCGAGCAACCACUGAAAGACACGGUAAAAGCAGAAUUUGAUGUCAUUUAUAUUUUUCCUUCCUAUACAACUACAGUGUGCGGUUUUGCUAGGGUUAAACUCAGGUCAGCAGUUCUCUUCUGUUCUACCCUCAGGUGAGAUAUUGCAUAAUUCUAAAGCUUCACGUAAAAUGCUACGUCACCUAAACAAUCCUAGCACAGUUGUUGUCAGAAGAGUAAAAUACCCCAGGUCUGUAAAUAUUUUGUAAGAUGAUUUUAGCUUCCUUUUGUUUUUGUUAGGUGCAAGUUGGAGAGAUUAGUGUAACCUUGCUCAAUGUUUACAGAUACACGCAUAUACUGUAUAUAAUUUUACUGUUAAGUGACUUAAGAGCCAAAUACAUUUUAGGACAUAUCUGUCAAUCUCCUGAAUUACAAUAAGACACUUUGUCAUCUUUCUGAACCUCUGAUUUUGAAAGGUGAAACCCCUGUACUUCAUGGACUGCCUUGCAUUUCUCUUUACUAAAUGUUGAGUUUCUAGCAGAACCAACCCUAGCAUUACAUUGCAAGUUAAUGGCUGUUGGAAUGCAUUGUUUCUGGCUUGUGUGGGCGGGUGAGAAGCAGAUUCCAUUCAGCAGAACAAUUUGAACAGUGAGCUAUCCUGCUGAUCCUUGAGUCCAUGUUGCAUAGUUGCAGCCUGGAAGGGGUUAAUCGGUAGUCCUUACUGCCCUCCCCCUCAUUUAAGACUCAUGUUGUUGUAAUAUGAAGCAAUUCAUAGUCUGACUAAAUUUAUGUUGGUUAUGUAGCAUCAGUGAGAAGAGAUUACGUUUUGAGAACUUGUAAUUUUUAAGCUUGUCCAUGAACAUGCACAUAGUAUUCCAGAGAUUUGGUUCCCUACAUUCUUGUAUUACUUUUUACUAUGAGACGUGUUUUUUUUUUUUUUUUUUAAUUUUUAAUUUUUUUUAUUUCAUAAAGAUCUUUUUUUGGUUUUACAUCAUAGCUCUCUUUAAAGGAAAUAUAUAGGGUGAGAAUAAACGUGUAUUCCUGACCAUAUAGCGAUUGCACAAUUUAACCCCCUGCCCCCACUUGUUCCCUUUAAAUAGAAAACUUACCUUUGUUCCAGCACCAUGCAGGUCUACCGGCGCUGGCCCUGCCCCCAUAUCUUCCUCGUUGGCUGACCUAAUCAGAAUUGAUGAUCUUAGCCAGCAUUGAAGGGCCAUUAGGUAGAAAAGUGGAUCACAAAAAACAAACUCUUCCUAAACACUGACAAAACUGUUGCAGUGAUCUUUGGAACAGUAUCUAAAUUACACAAAUUACAGAAUUCCCAUCUAUCCAUCAAAACAAAAUCAAAUAGCACACUGACACUCUUUCAAAUACUCGGGUAUUUUAGACCCCAAUCUAUCUUUUGGCCUCUACAUAGAAAAACUUGCAUCUAAACUUUAUCCAAGAUAGGGACCCUGUACACCUCCGAUCCAGUACCAAUACUUUAGUCUACCUCAAUACAAAAACAAAGCGGCUUGAUCGACCUUUUCCUACAGAACACCGCAAUUAUGGAACGACCUCCCACACACUUUCAAAUCUUCCCCAAGCCUAAAGUUCUUUAAGAGAUCCCUGUCUACAUAUCUCAUAACAGAAUGCACCUGUCAUGGUUGAUUAUAUAAUUCUUACCUGUUCCAUGUUAAAUUUUGUAUAUAUUGUGUAUUAAUAUUGUUUUUGUCUUUUAUUGUACCCUGUUGUAUCAAUACAAUGUUUUGUGGACCCAGAGAAAUCUCAAUGUAUCCUUCCUGGUAAAAUAUUUUAUAAAUAGUUACCCAGACUACUUCAUCUCAUUGUAGUGGUCUGGGUGCAGUGUCCCUGUCCCUCCUAGUCCUGCAAUGUAAAUCGUUGCAGUUUCUGAGAAACUGCAAUGAUUACAUUGCAGGACAAAGACUGCCUCUAGUGGCUGUCAGACAGGCCACUAGAGGCACUUCCUGGAUUCUGACUCCUGGUCCCCUAAAUGACACAGGGCAUUAUCUAGAGUUGGUGAAAUCCCCAUAUGAAAGUAUUGAGGCAUUUAGAUGAAGUUGUUAUGGUGCCAAAACGUCUAUUUUAGGCUUGAUUACUUCACAGUAGGAGUAUCAGGCUUCAGUGAACCGUAUGCACUGGUGCUGAAUUACAUUUAAGUUUACUUGCAGUUUAAAAGUAUUCACUACCCCCCUCAACACCUCCAAAAGUUGUAUGACCUCAAGAAAUAAAGGGACACGGGGAUAAAAAAGUCAUGCUUCCUUAAUGUCAGUUUUUAAUUCCUCUUCAUAGAAAGCUGUUCAAAUUUGCCAACAAGCUAUGUCUACAGGAACUGAAAACAGUGUUGCAAGGACAAGCAGUAUGUGGGGGAGGGGGAGGAGCACUGAGUUUGAAGAUGUUUCGUGUCGUGCCCCCACGCGCGCACACACAAUUCUGCAGUUCUGCUUUGACCUCUCUAACCAGCAGAAUGACCAGCUGGCCUGAGUAUGGCAAGGACCUCCCAGCAGCCCAGAGGUUAAUACGGGCCUCCGUUGCUAAAGCAACAGCUCUGCAUUCUUCAGAGACAAAAGAGAGUAUUAAGGCUUAGUGUCAUUCAUGUUGGAACAAAUGGCAUGUAGCAGCAGCCAUGGCUGUGUUUUCCUGCUUGUUUCCACUGGUACUCAAACAAAACACCGUAUAGCUACGUAUUUGUAUCCUGAUUCAAUAGGAAAGUGGGGGGAAAAUGUACUUUGCCAAUGGUGUUUAUUUGAAUGUUUACACCAUUUAAUUACAUAUUCACCUUCUCAUACCCUUUUUUUUUUUUUGCAGCUAGAAAGACUGUUUGAAAUUUAUGAGCCCUGUUUGGAGGAGCUAGUAUUUGAUCUAUCUAUUGAUCCCUCUUUAGGAGCUGUUACCUUCUAUCUGCUGAGAUUUCUUCACCCCCUAGUCUGAGUAGUGGUAGAUCUUGCUCACCCUUUGUUAAAAAUCUUGAAUGCAACAACUCUAUAUAGCUUUUGUACCAUGGUAGCUAACAUGGCAUUCCUGAUGCUUGUGUAUAUUUAUAAAGUUACAAAGCUAAUUGACAGUCACAAAAACUUUUGUUAAAGGGAUAGAGUAGUUCCAGGAAUACUAAGCUGAUAGCUGUCACCUUUGCUCUCCUCCCUCCCCCGUGCUCCCCUCUCUCUGGUUAAAGGGUUAAAAACCCUACCUUUUUCCAGUGCCGAUGUCCCUCGGCGCGUGGUCUAAUACACAUGCGUGGCAAAUGCCCACACGCGCAUUACUGGACCAAAGGUCCAUUUCUAUUCAGGAAGCCACUGGUAGACAGCCAAAGAGUGCAGACUUAGAGCUGCAAUGUAAACAAUGCAGUUUCUAUCAAACUGCAAUGUUUUACAUUGCAGCACUAAGUACAAAAGGACCGUGCACCCAGACCACUUCAAUUAACAGAAGUGGUCUGGGUGCCUACAGUGUCCCUUUAAUGUACGGGGUAACUUGUUUAGCUAUCAUUGCUGUAUAAAUUGUGCUCAGACUACCAGCUUUUUAUUGCCAAAAAAAUAGUAAAUAGUUUUGUUUUUUCCUUUUAAUGUGACUGAAUUUUAUUGAUUGCUUGGUUAUAACACUGGUAAGAAUCCAACAGGGUAUUUAUUAAAAUGAAUUGUCGCAAAUUCAAAGUGAAUUUCAAAUUUUAGAUCUAAAUAGUUGAACUGGAAGCAUAGCUGACUUGCAAAAAAAAUUUCAAUUUUGUUUAUUUUGGCCUUAAAUAUUUAUUUCAAUUAGAUUUUCUGAAAAUUCCUACAUAGGUAAAUUUAUGUAAGUAGUGCAAUUUGACUGUUUGAAACAUCAAACAAUAAUUGAAACUUGUACAUUUUGUAAUGUGCGCUAGUAAAAAAAUUUUUCAUAGGGUGCAAUCUUCCUAUAACACAGGAAUCCGUUUUCUUGUUAUAAAUAUUAUCUAUACAAUUUACAGCAUGCGCGCAUAGGAAAGCAUUAGGAGGCUAUUGAAUCAGUGCGUCUCUAUGUCUAACGUUCAGCGCCUACGUGGAGACAAUAUCUUUGUGCAGCACUUUACUAGGAAGCACAUGUAGUGGCUGUCAGACUGCCUCUAGGGGAAGUUACUAGCCAGCAAUGUAAAUGUGGCCCUUUCCCUGAAAAGGCAGCAUUUACAGUACUAAGACUGCAAGGACAUUAUAUACUCACCAGAACCACUACAUUAACCCCUUAAGGACACAUGACAUGUGUGACAUGUCAUGAUUCCCUUUUAUUCCAGAAGUUUGGUCCUUAAGGGGUUAAAGGACCACUAUAGUGCCCUGAUGGUGCCCCCACCCUCAGGGUCCCCCUCCCGCCCAGUUCUGGAAGGGGGAAAGGGGUAAAAACUUACCUUUUUCCAGCGCUGGGCAGGGAGCUCUCCUCCUCCGAUCCUCCUCUUCUCCUCCCCGUCGGCUGAAUGCGCACGCGCGGCAAGAGCUGCGCGCGCAUUCAGCCGGUCACAUAGGAAAGCAUUCAUAAUGCUUUCCUAUGGACGCUGGCGUGCUCUCACUGUGAAAAUCACAGUGAGAAGCAUGCAAGCGCCUCUAGUGGCUAUCAAUGAGACAGCCACUAGAGGAAAUAGGGGAAGGCUUAACCCAUUCAUAAACAUAGCAGUUUCUCUGAAACUGUUUAUGAAAAAAUGGGUUAACCCUAGCUGGACCAGGCACCCAGACCACUUCAUUAAGCUGAAGUGGUCUGGGUGCCUAGAGUGGUCCUUUAAGCUGUAGUAGUUCUGAUGACUGUAGUGUCCCUUCCUUUUAGGAUAUAAACUAAAAACAUUUAAUUAGUUCCUUGGUUUUCUGCCUGUCUCUACAAAGAACAAGCUUUGUUAGCGUUUUUACCUUUGGUUUUUUUUCUUCUUACCGGUCACUGUAGAAAUGAUAACAUUGAAAAUAUUCUAAUAUUUGUUAACAUUGCUUUCUCUAUGCUUACUGCCGGAUGUGAAGGACAGUAGUUAUAACAAUGGUUUACAUGCAGCUUAAAUGUGCUUAGUUGCAUGCUACAGAUGUGUGGAUUUGUACAUGUAGUUUUUCAUACGCCACAAACAAAUUUUCUUAAAUGUGAGGACAAGUAAACCUAAUAAAACCCCAGACAAGUGACAAUUUUGUUUGAAACAAUUCUGUGCAUAUAUAUAUAUAUAUAUAUAUAUAUAUUAUACACACACCAUUUAAUCCCCUGCUGUUUUUGAACAUUUGCUCACUUACAAAGCAAUGAUCAGUCUAUAAUUUUAAUGGGUCAAAGGCCCGGUUCUGGGGAGAGGAAAGGGGUUAAAACUUGCCUUUCUCCAGUGCUGGGCAGGGAGCUCUUCUCCUCCGAUCCUCCUCCUCCUCUCCUCCCAUUCGGCUGAAUGCGCACGCGCGGCAAGAGGUGCGCGUGCAUUCCAGCCGGUCUCAUAGGAAAGCAUUCAUAAUGCUUUCCUAUGGACGCUUGCGAAUCACAGUGAGAAUCACGCAAGCGCCUCUAGCGGUUGUCAAUGAGACAGCCACUAGAGGAUUUGAGGGCUGAAUUAACCCAUUUAUAAACAUAGCAGUUUCUCUGGGGAAAAAAAAUGGGUUAACCCUAGCUGGACCUGGCACCCAGACCACUUCAUUAAGCUGAAGUGGUCUGGGUGCGUAGAGUGGUCCUUUAAAGUGUUGUGGUCAGAUGAGCCCAAAAUCAAGCACUUUAGCAUCAACUCAACUCACCGUGUUUUGGAGGAGGAGGAAUGCUGCUUAUGACGCAAGAACACCAUCCCCACCGUCAAACAUGGAGGUGGAAACAUUAUGCUUUGGGGGUGUUUUCUGCUAAAGGGACAGGACAACUGCAACACAUCAAAGGCACGAUGGACAGGGUCAUGUACAAUCACAUCUUGGGUGAGAACUUUCUUCCCUCAGCCAGGGCAUUGGAAAUGGGUUGUGGAUGGGUAUUCCAGCAUGACAAUGACCCAAAACACACAGCCAUGGCAACAAAGUCGUGGCUCAAGAAGCACAGGUCUCCAGACCUUAACCCCAUAGAAAAUCUGUGGAAGGAGCUCAAGGUUCGAGUUGCCAAACGUCAGCCUCAAAACCUUAAUGACUUGCAGAGGAUCUGCAAAGAGGAGUGGGCCAAAAUCCCUCCUGAGAUUUGUGCAAACUUGGUGGCCAACUACAAGAAACGUCUGACCUCUAAUUGCCAACAAGGGUUUUGCCACUAAGUACUAAGUCGAAGGAGUCAAAUACUUAUUUCACUCAUUGACAUGCAAAUCAAUGUAUAACUUUUUUGACCGUUUUUGGCGUUUUUCUGGUUUUUGUUUUGCUGUUCGGUCUCUCGCUAUUAAAAUACACCUACCAUUAAAAUUAUAGACCAUUUCUUUGUCAGUGGGCAAACGUUCAAAAUCAGCAGGGGAUCAAAUACUUUUUUUUCACCUCACUGUGUGUGUUUGUAUUAUCUUUAUCUUAAAAAGAUUCUAUUUUCUAUUUUUCUUUGGUAGAAUUGAACAGCGUGGCAAAACCUAUGGUGAAUUACUAGAAGAUUGCUUUACUGGGCAAUACAGUAACCUGAAUCAUAAAAAGCCAGUAUGCUGGCAUCUUAUGUGGCCUAGAUUUAGUCCCACAUCAAGCAGAAUCAUUUCUUGUUCAGUUGUAUCUCUUUCUACACCUAAUGUAUUCCCCCUUCCUCCCUUCUCCAAUAAUAUGCUUUACAUGUUGACUGGGCGUACUAUUAUGCCCUAUUUUAAGCGGCUCUAAACGCCGCCGGGGGUAAUAGUACGCCCUCCGUUUUUUUGUUUUUUUUACUUACCUGGUCGCCGGCGAUCGCGGUUGGGGGGGCUCCCAGCGAGCCCCCUGCGGCACAUCAGACCUCCUGUGUGUGUGUGUGUGUGUGUGUGUGUGUGUGUGUGUAUGUAUGUAUAUAUGUGUAUGUAUGUAUGUGUGUGUAUAUAUAUAUAUAUAUAUAUAUAUAUAUAUAUAUAUAUCAAAUUACACGUAGACUAAUACUGAUUAAAUAUAUAUAAUGGUAUUUAUAUAUAAAAUACGUUAAAAAAUAAAUUAAAAAAAUAAUUAAAAAUAAAUAUAUAGAUGUGUUAUUUCAUUCUAACUGUGUUGUGAUAUUAAUAUAUCAAAAUACACGUAGAACGAAAUAUAUAUCUAUAUACAUAAAUAUAUACGUAUAUAUCACUAUAUAUAUAUAUAUAUAUAUAUAAUUUAUUAUAUAUUUAUGUAAUAUUUUUACAUAAUUAGGUAUCUUAAUUAAUUACAAUUAGCGGGACCUGCCUGACAACCCAUGCCGAAAGUAAAGGGAAUUUAAUUUGCUAGCACUAUAUUUAACCCUAUAACUUUCUAAGACACCAUAAAACCUGUACAUGGUUUACUGUUCUACUCGGGAGACUUCGCUGAACACAAAUAUUAGUGUUUCAAAACAGUAAAAUGUAUUGCAACGACGAUAUCGCCAGUAAAAGUGAUGUUUUUUGCAUUUUUCACGCACAAACAGCACUUACACGGACGAUAUUAUUGCUGCGAUACUUUUUAAUGUUUUGAAACACAAAUAUUUGUGUUCAGCAAAGUUUCCAACAGUACCCCUCAGGUUUUAUGGUGUUUUCAAAAGUUACGUCAAAUAUAAGGCUUGCGUUUAAUUUUUUUCACAUUAAAAUUCGCCAGAUUGGUUACGGUGCCUUUGAGACCCUAUGGUAGCCCAAGAAUGAAAAUUACCCCUAUGAUGGCAUGCCAUUUGCAAUAGUAGAUAACCCAAGGCAUUGCAAACGGGGUAUGUCCAGUCUUUUUUAGUAGCCACUUAGUCACAAACACUGGCCAAAAUACUAACGCUAACUUUGGCCCGUGUUUGUGACCAAAUGGCUACUAAAAAAGACUAGACAUACCCCAUUUGCAAUACCUUGGGUUGUCUACUAUUGCAAAUGGUAUGCCAUUAUGGGUGUAAAUUUUAUUCCUGGGCUACUAUACAGUCCCAAAGGCAACGUAACCAAUCUGGCGAAUUUCAAAUGUAACGUGCUAUAGUUGACUCUGUAACUUCCCAAAAAAACAUAAAACCUGUACAUAGGGGGUACUGUUUUACACGUGAGACUUUGCUGAAUACAAAUGUGUAUUUUAUUGCAGUAAAAGCAAACAGUAUUAUGACAUUGACAGUUAAAAUGUCAUGUAGAACUAAAAAAAAAUAUUUUCUCCCAUUUUUUUCAUAUUAAAUUAUGUUCCAUAGCUAAAUAUUUGAUAUUACAUGAAAGCCCUGUUUCCCCUGAAUAAAAUGAUAUAUAAUAAGGGUGGGUGCAUUUAAUAUGAAAGAGGUGAAUUACGGUUGGACAGACAUGUAGCGCAAUGCCAGGUUUUGUUUACAUUUUGUUUUGUUCACAACGUGUACAUUUGGCACAGUCCUUAAGGGGUUAAGAAAAUAUGCAUGUUAUUAAUUUAAGGAUAGAAACUAAACAUUGGGAGGAAACCUUUGUAAUGCUCUUAUUUUCCUUUGCAUUGUGUCUGUACAGUCAAGCAUCCAUUUUAUCUCUUAUUCAGGUUUUGCUUAACCUAUAACAUAUUUCUAAAUUUGAAGUAAAUUCUAAUUAUGGAGCAAUCUUGUUUUCAUUCCUUUUAUGUUUUUGACAUUUUUCAGAGAUAAAUACAUAGAGAAUAUAGCUAUUGUAAUAAACCACAAAACCGAAGGAGUGUUUUUAUAAAUGUCUCCACUACUUUUAAGUGGUGUUUUCCCAUAGUACAGAAGACACACUUUUUUAGGUAUCUUUAUAUUUUUUCUAAAUUAUAGCAAAGGUUUUGACACAAGUAUUUCAGCUUUAGGGAUUUUUGUUGCAUAAAGUAGGCAACACAUCCCCAUGAUGUACUACUGUACAUUGUGACAAUCAUGAGUGGACUGUAAACAUGUAUAUUUUUUUUAUUUUAAACUUAUUUGUAAACUGACUAACAAGGCUUCCAAUUAGGUGUUUCAGACCCGUUUAAGCAUUAAAAGACCUAGUGUCAUACAUCAGGAAGGAUUUGGCAGUUCUUUCAGCAACAUGAUCAAAGUAUGUUGUCAGUGUAUUAAAUGUCUGGGUGGGGCCGGUGGAUAAGUUAGAAAUUCGGCACAUGCAUCAUUCUGAGGAUAACUUUUUUUUGUUUUUUUUUGUUUGUUUGUUUAAAAUAAAUUAAAGAAAGUUGCUCAACUAAUUGGGGAAAAAAAUAAAUUUUAUUAUUUAAUGUCAUACUUGAAACAGACUUACAUGGUAUUGAAACUUUCUGAUAGAGCAGUAACUGGAUCAAGUUAUUGUAGCCCAUAAUUCAAUGUAGAUUUAUUCAGAUGACAAACUGUUAACUGUGCAGAAAAUUUGUUAGUUCACUGAAAUCGCCAUUUUAAGAGCAGCAAAGCGGUAGGUAAUAUAUUCUGAAGAAAAUUCAAAGGCGCCAGGUCUCUUGUAUACAUACAUACAAGUAUGGUAAACAAAUACAAAAUAAACAUGUUAGAUACUAAGGUAGAUGGCUCUAAUUUAAAUUUAGGAGACAUAUUUGCAAUAUAGAAUACUUGGGAGCUGGAGGCCGUGCCGUCUUAAUGCCUGACAAUAGCCUGCAAAUCAAGGGAUCCUGACUGAUAGUUCACUUUACUGCAAUGGCAGGUCUCAUGACAUUCAUAGAAUGGUAUGUUCUCCCUAAGGAAAACAGAUUAAACAAUACGUUCUAUUGGUUCUUUACUGUUUUACACUAUUGCAUAUUUAUUUUGUUUAUAGCUGUAUCCCUAUAUUGUUGGUUAUACACAGCAUUUAUAGGAGACUACUGGGAAGUCUUAUGGGGGAAGCUAUUUGAAAACCAAUAACACGUUAAUUACCAGUUAAGCUUUUACUGAUUGGUGAGUUUAAUAUUAUAUUUGUGUAUAUAUUUAUAUACGUCUAUGCUUGGUCUUUCUAUAGACUCUUGUUAGUUUUUUUGAUUGGUUACUGUGAUUGAUCUAAUUUGGUGCUGAUGAGAGUUUAGAAAAGAGAGAUUUAAGCAAAAUAUUCACUUCUUGUCAUGUGAUACAAUUGUAAAUGAUUCCAUUAGACUCCUUCAUUGUGAAUCAGAUCUUCAUUGCACUGGGGGGGAUGUGCCUCCUUCUACCAUAAGCUUACUUUUGACGACUGGUGAUAGUUCCACCUGAAGACCCAUGAACUAGAACACAAUUUUUUAAAUUUUAAACCACUCCUGGUUUCAUAGCAAUAGCCUCAUGGUACUCUCUGCCCGUGCUGAAAAAUGCCACAGGAGUGUUUGCGACCUUGUGCAAAUCUGAAGUAGUGCCACUGUUGUGGUUAAAUGUUAAUGGUAUGCCCUGGUUGUACCUUGAUAGCAAGGCAUAGAAUGUAAAUAAAAACAUUAAACAAAAAACACAAAAGAUAUCACUGCUGUGCUUUAACACACGUUGAGGAUAGCAGUACAAGGACUUGAAAACAAGCUAUUAGCAUACAUAUGUGUGUGCCUGUCUAAGAACUGUACAGUUGGCAGAGAAUGUACACUGCUCAAAAAAAUAAAGGGAACACUUAAACAACACAAUGUAACUCCAAGUCAAUCACACUUCUGUGAAAUCAAACUGUCCACUUAGGAAGCAACACUGAGUGACGAUCAAUUUCGCAUGCUGUUGUGCAAAUGGGAUAGACAACAGGUGGAAAUUAUAGGCAAUUAGCAAGACACUCCCAAUUAAGGAGUGGUUCUGCAGGUGGUGACCACAGACCACUUCUCAGUUCCUAUUCUUCCUGGCUGAUGUUUUGGUCACUUUUGAAUGCUGGCGGUGCUUUCACUCUAGAGCACCUGAGAUGGAGUCCACAGCCCGCACAAGUGGCUCAGGUAGUGCAGCUUAUCCAGGAUGGCACAUUAAUGCGAGCUGUGGCAAGAAGGUUUGUUGUGUCUGUCAGCGUAGUGUCCAGAGCAUCGAGGCCCUACCAGGAGACGGGCCAGUGUAUCAGGAGACGUGGAGGAAGGCCGUAGGCGGGCAAGAACCCAGCAGCAGGACCGCUACCUCCGCCUUUGUGCAAGGAGGAACAGGAGGAGCACUGCCAGAGCCCUGAAAAAUGACCUCCCGCAGGCCACAAAUGUGCAUGUGUUUGCUCAAAUGGAAACAGACUCCAUGAGGGUGGUAUAAGGGCCCGACGUCCACAGGUGGGGGUUGUGCUUACAGCCCAACACCGUGCAGGACGUUUGGCGCCACUGGUGCCCUGUGCUCUGCACAGAUGAAAGCAGGUUCACACUGAGCACAUGUGACAGACGUGACAGUCUGGAGACGCUGUGGAGAACCUUCUGGUGCCUGCAACAUCCUCCUGCAUGACCGUUUUGGCAGUGGGUCAGUAAUAGUGUGGGGUGGCAUUUCUUAGGGGGGCCGCACAGCCCUCCAUGAGGUAGCCUGACUGCCAUUAGGUACCGAGAUGAGAUCCUCAGACACCUUGUGAGACCAUAUGCUGGUGCGGUUGGCCCUGGGUUCCUCCUAAUGCAAGACAAUGCUAGACCUCAUGUGGCUAGAGUGUGUCAGCAGUUCCUGCAAGACAAAGGCAUUAAUGCUAUGGACUGGCCCGCCCGUUCCCCAGACCUGAAUCCAAUUGAGCACAUCUGGGACAUCAUGUCUCGCUCCAUCCUCCAACGUCCUGUUGCACCACAGACUUUCCAGGAGUUGGCAGAUGCUUUAGUCCAGGUCUGGGAGGAGAUCCCUCAGGAGACCAUCCGCCACCUAAUCAGGAGCAUGCACAGGCGUAGUAGGGAGGUCAUACAGGCACGUGGAGGCCGCACACACUACUGAGCCUCAUUUUGACUUGUUUUAAGGACAUUACAUCAAAGUUGGGUCAGCCUGUAGUGUGUUUUUCCACAUUAAUUUUGAGCGCGACUCCAAAUCUAGACCUCCAUGGGUUGAAAAAUUUGAUUUCCAUUUUUAAUUUUUGUGUGAUUUUGUUGUCAGCACAUUCAGCUAUGUAAAGAACAAAGUAUUUCAGAAGAAUAUUUAAUUCAUUCAGAUCUAUGAUGUUAUGUUUGUUCUUUCUUUAUUUUUAUGCGCAGUGUAGUUUGCUCCUUCUCUUAGGGAGCCAUAUGAACUUCUCACUAUAUCUUAAUUUAUGAAUGAAAUGUAAAAAGACACUCCAGGCAGCUAAACAAUGUAAGCUAAAAAGCUCAAAAUGCCUGUCGUUGGUUUCUCUUCUUUCAACUCUCUGUAGUUUUCAUGCAGUGUUGUAAAAUGCUUUGCUGUUUUAAGCAGUGUAACCCAGCCUCAUUAGCCACCCCCUUUCACAUUUCAACGUGUUCCUAAUUCCCAGUCCCUGAAAGAAACAUACCUUUUGCAGCCAAUGAAAAUAGGCAUGUAUUACCUAGUAUAAGUAAUGCUCACAGGACAGACUGCAUUGCGGCUAGAGCCCAUAUGUGCUCCUCUCCCUCCAUCCUUUGUAAUGCAAGCAAUACAUUCUCCUCAAGUCCAAUUCAUCCAGCCUCCCUACUCAGUGUUAUCCUCUCGCAUGCCAGCCAACCUCACUACCCAAUGUUAACCCCUUCCCCUCCAACUCCUGUUAAUCAACCUCUAGAGACACAGUCAGAGAUCAGAGAUAUAUAUCGACGUUUCAACUCCCACAUUGAGCUUUCAUCAGGACAAACAAUAAAAUACAAGUGUACAAAUACAUGAAUAUAUACUCCCCCCAAUCACACAGUAAUUUCACCCCAAUUGUGUACUCACCAAGCCAUGAGACUGCCCACCCUGCAGCUGGAUGUGAUGCUCAACCUCAGUGUCAUUUCCUUGUGUACCAGGCCUGGAGGGGGAGUGACUAGAUAAUCUUCUAUCGUGAUUGCGAAUGUUGUUUGCAUCCAGGUUGUAACCUAGCAACCAAUGGGGCGCUUUAAAUAUCAGCAUGAGCAGACCAAGUAUAAAGAUCUUAUUUGUAUAUACCAAUAAUUCCUUGCAUAUCAAUGUCCCCUUCUUGUAAUCAAUACCUUGUUAUGCGGAGGGUACUAUCUUAAUAGCAUUAUUGAAGAUCUCUGGUUAGUUCUUUAUGGAGUGAUCCGAGGAAUAUAGGCCACUGGUUUAUUUAUCAGGGAGAAUAAUGAUAAAUAAUAAACCAGAGCGCCUGGGAGGGAAUGAUUGCUUUCCAGUUUGUAACUAAGCCACCAAUGGACUGCAUGUAGGAGCAGAGGGGGGCGAAGUGCUGUGGUCUAGAGCAUGGGUUAAAUUUUGUGUGUGUAUGUAUGUAUAUAUGUGUGUAUGUAUAUGUAUAUAUAUAUAUAUAUAUAUAUAUAUAUAUAUAUUAUAAAUAACAAAAAAAGCCUUGCACUCCUACCAAACUUUAAAUAGAACCCGGUGCUCGAUUGCACAAUAAAUACCAAGCAAAAGAAAAAUCAGCACUCCCAGGAUUUGUAAAUAAGCAUACAAAAGUUUUGUAUGCUGUCCUGAUGAAAGCUCCCAAGAGGAGCUGAAACGUUGACCUGUGGAGUAAAGUAUUUUUUUGGCUUAUUUACAAAUCCUGGGAGUGCUGAUUUUUCUUUUGCUUGGUAUAUAUAUAUAUAUAUAUAUAUAUAUAUAUAUAUAUAUAUAUAUAUAUAUAUAUUAUACAUUGCUAAACACAAAUACACACACCAGUCAAGCCAUAAGAUGUGCUUUUCCCACAGAAAUCUCACGUCAACGGUGCUCUCACUACUGCAAGAGAUUCUGGGUAGAUGCAUGCAAAUGAGCUCAACAAAGAACCACAUUUUUGCCUCAUAAUUCCACUUUAUACAUGGAUUCCUUGGAGUAGGUGUCUACAGCUUACAACAGCUUUGAAAGAUAGGUGUGUGUGUGUGUAUGUAUGUAUAUAUUGUGUGUGUAUAGAUAUAUAUACACAAAACUCUAUAGGUAUUUAUGAAUUUGUCUCUUUAUAUUUAUAAUACACACGACACUAUAGAAUAUCUAAUGUGGUGAGGAAAUUUUGUGUGUGUGUGAGAUGUGCUUUGUAAGUUCUAGUGUCUGAAUGCGGAGGACUCAGAGGAGGCUUGGCUAGGCAUGUUUAGCUGAGUGAAGCUCCGUCACGCACAGUAAGGCGUGUCAUUACUGAUUCUUAUAGAGAAUUACUGCAGAAUGGCCAUUGGUGGACCGUCUGGCUGAAAUACAGGAGGCAGGGAGAUCUGACCUGAAAUCAGAGGAUUGGCAGAACAUCUAAUCAAAGUAAAAAUUACAACAGGUACUUAUAAAUCUCAUUUUUACACUAAGGUAAAAAAAAAAAUUUGGUAAACGUAGAUUGACUGUUUGGGGACGGAAAUAUGCAUUUUUAUUUUUUAUUUUUUUUAACCUAUACAGUUUCUUUAUAAGGGGCCACUAAAUUCACCCAGAUCACUUCAUCUCAGUGGGUACCUUGGUCUUGUGAAGUUUAUAUUGCAGAGUUAAAGGACCACUAUAGGCACCCAGACCACUUCAGCUCAAUGAAGUGGUCUGGGUGCCAGGUCCAUCUAGGAUUAACCCUGCCUGCUGUAAACAUAGCCGUUUCAGAGAAACUACCAUGUUUACAAUAGGGUUAAUCCAGCCUCUAGUGGCUGUCUCAUUGACAGCCGCUAGAGGCGCUUCCGCGCUUCUCACUGUGCCUUUCAGAGCGAGAAGACGUCAGUGUCCAUAGGAAAGCAUUGAGAAUGCUUUCCUAUGGACUGGCUGAAUGCGUGCGGCUCUUGCUGGGCAUGCGCAUUCAGCCGAUGACGACCGGAGGAGGAGGAGAGUCCUGAGCGCCGAGGGUGCUCAGCGCUGGAGAAAGGUGAUUGUUUAACCCCCUUCAGCCCAGCGGGAGUGGGACCCUGAGGGUUGGGGCACCCUCAGGGCACUAUAGUGCCAGGAAAACAAGUUUGUUUUCCUGGCACUAAAGUCCUUUAAAUAAAACUGUCUUCCUCCUCCAGAACAGAGUAAAUAAAGAGCAGUGUUUGAUUGGAGGAGCUUGGUGUUUGACCAUGUAUGCCUAGUUCCAAGUCAUUGUAUCUCUAUGGGGAAGAUUGUGGGAGUUGUUGAAGGCAGAGCUGGAAUGAGUAAUCAUUAUUUAACUUUAAUGUUUUAUGGCAAUGUGGGUUAGACAGAAGAGAACUUAUAGUCUUGAAAUAAUGGUUAUUUUCAAAACUAUGAGUACCAUUUAACCCUUAAGGAUGGUGGGCGUGCUAUGCCGUCCUUGGGGACCCGGCUCUAAACGCCAGGGGGCGGCAUAGCACGUCCCCGCUGUCCUUUCUACUUACCCGGUCGAUCGCGGUGUGGGGACUCACCUGGCAGCCCAGGGAGUCCCCUCCUUCCUCUCCUUCCUCUCCUUCCUCUCCUGCCCUCCUGGGCCAUAUUAUCGCGAGGACUUUGCAAUCACAUGGAUGGCGUACUCCCCCUGCUGUCUAUAUAAAAAAAAAGGUUAAAACCGUUUUAAAAUUAACUUGUAUAUAGAGUGUGUGUGUGUGUGUAUGUGAUCUAAGUGUGUGUACAUACACAUACAUGGUCUAAGUGUAUUUUAAAAUAUAUAAAUAUCAAAGUACACGUAGAAUAUUGAUAUAAUAUAUAUUUAUAUUUAAUAUAAAAGAAAUUGUGUAAUUUCCUUCUAACUGUAUUUUAAAAUUAAUAUAUCUCAAAAUACACGUAGAAUAAUAUAUAUCUAUAUACUGAAGUAUAUAUACGUAUAUAUCACUAUAUACACCUAUAAAUAAAAAUAAUUUAAAAAAAAUUAUACAUAUAUUUAUAAUUCUACAUUUAUAUUUAUGUAAUUUUACAUAAUUAUGUCAUUUUAUUAAUUACAAUUUGAGGGUCCUGCCUGACAACCCAGGCCGUAAGUAUAGGGAUUUGAAUUUGCUAGCACUAUAUUUAACCCUAUAGCUUUCCAAGACACCAUAAAACCUGUACAUGGGGGAUACUGUUUUACUCAGGAGACUUCGCUGAACACAAAUAUUAGUGUUUCAAAAAAGUAAAAUGUAUUACACAUUCGCCAGAUUGGUUACGUUGCCUUUGAGACUGGAUGGUAGCCCAGGAAUGAAAAUUACCCCCAUGAUGGCAUACCAUUUGCAAUAGUAGACAACUCAAGGUAUUGCAAAUGGGGUAUGUCCAGUCUUUUUUUAGUAGCCACUUAGUCACAAACACUGGUUCAAAUGAGUUUGUGGGUUUUUUUUUUUUUUUGCAUUUUUCACACACAAACAAAUAUUAACGCUAACUUUGGCCAGUGUUUGUGACUAAGUGGCUACUAAAAAAAAGAGGACAUACUCCAUUUGCAAUACCUUGGGUUGUCUACUAUUGCAAAUGGUAUGCCAUCAUGGAGGUAAUUCUCAUUCCUGGGCUACCAUACGGUCUCAAAGGCAACGUAACCAAUCUGGCGAAUCUCAAUGUGAAAAAAUAAAAAAUGUAACAUGCUGUAUUUGACCCUGUAACUUCCCAAAACACCAUAAAACCUAUACAUAGGGGGUACUGUUUUACACGUGUGACAUCGCCGAAUAAAAAAAUAUGGGUAUUUUAAGCAAACAGUAUUAUUACAUUCACAGUUAGAAUGUCAGGUAGAACUAAAAAAAAUUAUUAAAAUUCUUACUUUCUCCCAUUUUUUUUAAUUUUAUUCAUAUUAAAUUGUUUCAUACCUAAAUAUUUGAUGUUAAAUUAAACCGUUUCCCUUGAAUAAAAUUAUAUAUAUGUGUGGGUGCACAUAAUAUGAAAGAGGCGAAUUACGCCUGAACAGACAUAUAGCGCAAAUGCCAGGUUUUGUUUACGUUUUGUUUUGAUCACAACGUGUACAUUUGGCUCAGUCCUUAAGCGGUUAAUAUCGAUCCUAUACCUUAAAAGCUAAUUAGAACACUUUAACAUUGUCUCGAAUGUUUAUCGUCCUGUGUCCCUUCCUGUUAUUAUUUCCGGUGCUGCUGCAAAGUGUUUAGCCUUUUCGUCGUGUAUUAACGCAUUAGCUGUCCCACCGUUAUUUGGGCAGUGUAGACUAUAUUAAGCUCUCUGUCUGGUUUAAAUAUGUACCCACUGCUGCCGAUGGACUAAAAGCAGUACAAAAUGCUGCUAUUGGCUUUUGAAGUUAAUGGGACACUAUAGUCACCAGAACAACUACAGCUUAUUGUAGUUGUUCUGGUGAGUAUAAUAAUUUAAGGCAGUGUUUACAUGUACUGGAGAUGCUUCCUGGGGCAGUGCUGUUCAGCUUCUCCACGCUCAGCAUUGGGAAACUGAAUUUUCCUUAGAUGCAUUGAUUCAAUGCAUCUCUGAGGAGGUGCAGAUUGGCCAAAACGGCAUCUGGCCCUGCCCAAUCCUAGUUUGAAAAAAAAAAAAAAUCAGCAAUUCUUAUGUCACCAAGGAGGCGGAUCGUGCAGACCCACUUGGCACUGGGAAUAGGGAGGUGGAGGAAGGGGGGCAAGCCACCUAAAUGGUGGGUUUAACACUAUAGGGUCAGGAAUACAUGUUUGUGUUCCUGACCCUAUAGUGUUCCUUUAAUGUAUCACUAUCAGAGCAAUUAUUCUAUUACAGUCUUUAACUUGGAGGAAGCACGUGUGAGCAUGUACUUGUAGGACCACUUAUUAGACACCCAAGCUGAUAUUUUUGCAUGCCCAGAGAGUGCCAAAUACUCUCGACUUAUCUGUUAAAAAAAAUAUUCUGGUUUAAUAUCCAAUUAAACAUUGAAAUUGGAGAAACGACUUGUCAAGAAUGUGGGCUAUUGGCCAAGCUGAAACAGUGGGGAGACUGUGGAAGUAAGGGGGUUAAUGACACCAGACCCCUGGUUAUCUGUUGCUAGUCCCAUCAGCCACUAAAUCCCCUCUACACGAAACACCAUAGUACACACUUUAAUUACACCACCAAGACUUUAUAUCCGGGCGUCUUAGGUUACCCCACACACAGUAGAAUUACAGUAUCUCAAACCUUAAUUUACUGAUCAGACUUGUAUAAUUAACCCUUUUGGUAACGUGUUUACCUGAGCUUUCCUCAGGAGAGUGAGCUCAUAGAGAACAAAGACACAAGCUGAUUAAGUAAACAUUUAAUCUGACAAAAAGGAUUCACAGUACUGUGUACAAAAAUACAGAAAUAAAUGACAUACAGAAACACAGAUAACAAAUUGCAAAACAGUCUGUAAAAUUAAAUAGGAGAAAACACAAGACAUCCUUACAUAUAUUUACCGCUUAUAUAUAAUUCUUGUGGGAGAUUCAGAUGUUUCAGGUCUCCAAGUAGUUGUUGAAAAAAAAUAAAUCUGACUGGAUAGUCCAACCUCCUCAUUAUGUACCUCAAACUAGUUGUUUCUAAGUGGGCAGACCCAUGGGUGGACCAGAGGGGUUUGGCCUGGCAGUUUAUUGCCCACUCCAUAUUUUCUUAAAUUAUGUUGUCCUUUUAAGAACCCAAAGUCAGAGCAUAUGCACCAAUACCUUUUACGAUGCCCUAUGUCCAGCUCUAGUGAUGGUUAUCUAGUAGUUUUAUAGCUUAGGCCUGGUGUAAGAUCAAAGCUUACAAUAAAUGUUAUCCUAACAUUUUUUACAAAAACUCAUAACAUAUAUCAAAUGUCAGAAAAGUAGAAUAAAGCAGCGUUGAAAAAAGAAAGUGUCUAGUGCUGCUAAAAAUCACCAAGUGUAAUGUCACUCCUACACUUAAAGAAACAUGUGAUUGUACAGAAUAAAGUGACUAGCGCACAUAACCUGUAUUAUAUAUCUUUUAAGGUAAACAUUUAUUUAAGUGUCUUUUUGCCUAUAUUAAAUAAAACAAAUACACAUAGUGUGACCUGUAUUUAAACUGCUUAAUUUCUACCUACAAAUCUCCUGAAGUGAGAUGAAAUGCACCAUAAGUUCAGAGCCAACUUAUAAUAGGCUCUAAAAAUUGAGUUUGCCGACUACUCUUAUUUAUAAUAUGUUUAAAUACAGGUCACACUAGGUGUAUUUGUUUUAUUUAAUAUAGGCAAAAAGACACUUUUAAGAAAGAACCUGUAUUAUAUAUCUUUUAAGGUAAACCUUUAUUUUGUACAAUAUAUCAAUUGUCAACUCAUGCUUUGGCAUGACAAGACUCUUGACAGUAAGACAUGGGUCCCAAAUUGUAACAUACCUUCUGUAUUUUGAAUGUUUGGAAAGUGUGAUUUUGAUACAGAGCAAAAAUAUGUAACAGAAAAAGUAAAGCCUGGGGCUAUCUGUGCUUCAUAGUCUUGUAAGAUGUAAAACUUACAUUUUUAUAAUCCUUGCAUGUGUCGUAAUCUUCUUAAUAUAAUAUAUUUGCUUAUACUAGACCAGGCACAGGCAACCUUCGGCACUGCAGAUGUUUUUGACUACACCCCCUAUGAUGCUUUGCCAGCCUUAUGGGUGUAAGAGCAUUAUGGGGGAUGGAAUCCACAACAUCUGGAGUGCCGAAGGUUGCCUACCCUUGUACUAGACCAUAUGAUUUCAAUUUAUCAAAAGAAAAAGGCCACUGAUACCUUGAAUUUACAUUGUUUUUAAGGGGGGGAGGGGAUGAUGUCUUUCAUUCAUAGGAUCCAUUAGAAUGAAAAAUUAAGUUUGUUGAACUAAAUAAAUGUAAAAAAAUAUUACAUGACCAAAAGAUGACUAGUGCUCCUAAGUGAGCCUUCUUAUAGAGCAAUAUACCAUAGGUUGUCAAACAUUGCCAUACUCCUUUACAUCAGAAAAUAUUGACUGCCGCUUUGACAUGAAGAAAAAAUUGCAAUGCUCUGGGCACAUUCUUAGAAAUAGUAGCACACUUGUUUUGUGCCAAGUCCCCUUUAAGUGAAUUUCAAUUCCUUUCUAGUUUCCUGGUAUGAGUGAUGUCACAUGGGUGUAUGCCAUAUUCACAGUACCCUCCCCCAGCCACACCAAGACUGGAAGUUUAAACCCAGCUUGUUAAAAACCAUACUAUGAUUACAAACAACAAAAGUACAACUUUAGUGUCCGUCUUGGCAUUAUAGAAACAUAGAAUGUGACGGCAGAUAAGAACCAUUUGGCCUAUCUAGUCUGCUAGAUUAUGUGACUGUAUAUUAAGUGUUCUACUUGUAAUUUUAAAUAUAAAAUUGCACUUGUGGAAUGACACCAAAUAUUAAGUCAAAGCUAUGAGUGCUUGCAUUCUUGAAAUGUUUGGUUUUCAGAAAUGGUUAAGUAUUACUUGAGGAUAGAAAUGCCGAUGGCAUGGUAAUAGUCUUUUUUUUUUUUAACAUAAAGACAGUGUAAAGCAGAGUAGUUAGAGUUAAAGAGAAAUACGCCCCAUGUUUUGUUUCUAGCUGUGCAUUCCACGUUUUGUGUGCCCCGCCUCUUCCCACAGUAGUUAUAAACUUUAUCUUUGCUGCCAGAGAAGCAUGCAGGCUCGGCAUUAUCCAUUAUAUAUGACAUGCAAAUGUUGCAUUUUUAAUUUACUCAUUCACUUUUUCUUUUCCUUUAGUUUUCUGAUCAGUGAUUAAUUGGAUGUUUAGUUUAACCAUCCAGAAGUCUCAGCCCAUUAUUUCCGUUUUGACACUUUGGUUCUGUAAUUGCGUCUCUUGACUUAAAGAGUAACUCCAGGCACCAUAACCACUUUGGGGCAUUUGACGGAUCAUGGUACCUGCCUGCAGUCUGUAUGUGCAGAAUUAAAAUUUUCACAAAACGCUGUCCAUAAGGAGGUUAACCUCCUCUGCUGCCAGAGGUGUGGCUCCACUUAUGGCAGCAUAACUCCUUCUGGUCUGACUAAUGUAAAUUCUGUGAAUUUUUCCUUGAUUAGAAUUGCAAUCGGACACUCUCAGCAAAUGAAUACCAGGCUGGAUUGGCGUAUACCUGGGGAAAGGGACAGGGUACUCCUGGCCUCAUAACUACAGCGGCUUCUUGUGCUUAUGAUGUUUAGCACAAGCCUUUAAUUUUUAUAGAGGAAACGUCUCUUCAAAUGCAGUAGCUAACAAAGUUAUUGGAUAAACCUGCUUGCUGGGCAUAACAGUAAGUUGGCAAUGCUGUUCAUUGAAAGGGGGGGGGGGGGUUUACCCUUCUAUCCAUCACUAAACUGUCAUCAAAGCAAAAAUCUUCUUUUUUUCUUAACUAUGUUGGACAGAUUUAAAGAUGUGGGGUAAUAUGUAUAUGUAUGUUGCUGAUGCCACUUAAUGUCAUCUGGAGUGUAAAUUGCAUAUAAGCUGGGAAGCAGGUGAUGGUAUUUUAUCUGAGUCAACAGGUUACACAGCUCUAGAUAAGACACAUAAAACACAAGUAAAUUAGAAGAAAGCUGUAAAAACAUGCAAAAGACCUAAAGUGAAACCCAUGUUCACCGUAACACAGUUGCCUGUAGAUAGGCAUGCACCUACUGGGUCAAAAUAAAAUAAUGGCAGAAAAAUGGCGCUACACAAAAUUAAAGGAUUUCUCAUUCAUCUUCAGGAAAAUAAAUUGUACUUUUUGUUUAUGAAUGAGGUUCUACUGAUUUUGGCUUAAAGCAGGUGUUCCCAGUCCAGUCCUGAAGUACCCCCAAACAGUCCAGGAUUUAGGGUUCCCCCUUUUGUCUUAAGUUGUUGGUUUUUUUUUGUUUUUGUUUUUUUGUUCGUUCCUUCUCCUCCCUUCCUUCUCCUCCUUCCCCUCUUCCCUUUUUCCCCAUCUUCCCUUUUUCUCCCUCUUCCUCUUUUCUCCCUCUCCCUCUUUUCUCCCUCUCCCUCUUUUCUCCCUCUCCCUCUUUUCUCCCCGCCUUCGCUCUGUCCCCGCGCGGCCCCGCCUUCGCUCUGUCCCCGCGCGGCCCCGCCUUCGCUCUGUCCGCGCGCGCCCCCCCCCGCCUUCGCUCUGUCCGCACGCGCCCCCGCCUUCGCUCUGUCCGCGCUCUGUUUGCAAAGUCAAAAGCUAAUACAAAUAAAUGCUUGCAUUGUGUUUUGUAAGUGUGGAAGAAUGUGAAGGCCAUCGAGAUAAGAUCCAUUCUUUAAUUUCAAUUAUUCAUUUGUCAUUUAUAUAUAAAUAUAUAAUUUUUGUGAGGUUUUUUUUUUUUUUUUUAUGCAUAUCUCCAUUUCACUUGCAUGCAAAUUUUAUCACCUAACUGGUCUCACAUUUUCUAGACAAUGUUGAAGCAUGUAAAAUGAAAAUACUUCAUAUAAAGCUCUUGUAAUAUGCUUACAUUUUUUUUUAUUUUGUGUUUGCAAUAUAUCUUGCCAUGGGCAUUUCAUGUGAAACUAAACUAAAAAAACAAACCACUUAUUCUCUGUUUUGUGGUCUGUCCGCUUUAUAUUAUGAACUGUCAGUUCAUACUUUUUGAACUCUCUAUAAUAAGUACUAGAGACAGGGAGCAGCACUUGGUAGACAUACAGUUUGAAGUCACUCCCUUAACAGUUUGACUCCUUUUGGGUAGUCAGGGGUUGUUAAAAACAUACCUGGUACCAUAACACUGCCAGAACUGGCAAAAAGGUUUUGGUAAUUUCUGGUGGAAGCUCUAAGCGCAGACUAAUCUAAUGAACUGAAGGGUUGGUGCUUUUUUUUAAUGUGACCCUUUCAGUGACAGUCCUGGCCCAAGAUUAAAGUUUGCAAAAAUAUUUUUUGUUUUGUACUUACAGCUAUAAUUCUGUACUUACAAAUAAAUAUAAUUGUAGCCACCUUUUAGAUUUUGAUACUCUUUAAGCACUUUUGAGAUUUAUGAGCCACCAACAUUAAAGGGUAAAUGUAUUUAGUAACUUUUCUUUGAAAACCAUGUUAAUGCAUUCCUUGUGGAUAUGUGCGUGUAGACAAUUCAUAAAAUAAUUGAUUUAAGAAGUACUACAAGGCUUAAACAGGACUGCCAUACUCUGGAAAGGUCUCCAUAACCAGAGUGAAAUUCAUUUGGCUUACAAUUUGAGUGGAGCUUCUGUUCUCUCUCAACAUUUGCCAAAGAAGGACCACGUUUCUUUUCCAACACUUUGCAAAGGCUGACUCCUAGAGUUCAGUUAUGGAAGUACUUGGUCUGUAAUCUUAAGGUCAUUUAACGAUCAACCUUGCAACUUUAUAGUAAUAUAAUGGCUAUAUAAUCAUGGUACUGAUUUACCUAAUGCAUCUGCUUUUAUAAGGGUGUAGUUUAAUCUGUUGUAAAAUAGUGAGUACAGAAUUGUUAUAUUGCAAUUUAAUGUGAAAAGGUUAUUUAGUCCUAUGUUGCAAGUGUAUUUUCUUAGUGUUAAAAGGAAAUUUUUGAUAUUCCAAAAUAACUGACUAAAUACCUUGGUGUUAAAUAGAUUAAUAGAUUAAUGUUUGUUAAUGUGCAUGUACAUAAAAAUCACGUAAAGGUUGUUUUUUAAGAAUCUGUGAACUAGUGAGUAUUUGCUUUGCUUACAAUAAUUGAAACUCAAACUUUUACCGACAACCUAAUAAUACUAUGCAUAAAUCCUUUAUUUUAUUAUCCAUGCUGAUGUCAUUGGGGAGGGAGGAGUUGUUACAAUUAUGUUUUAUAAUUUUAGUUUAAGUUGACUGCCUAUGUUUUGAUUUGUAAUACAACAUGAUAAAUGAAGAAUCGUUGCUUAUUGGCUAAUAUGUAAUUUGAAUUCAUUUUUUUUCUUUCAGCAGCUCCAUGAAACUGUUAAACGAAAGUUGGACAAUGCAUCUUCACCACAAAAUGGGGAACAACAAAAUGGAUAUGGAGACAUGUUUUCUGUGCCCAAGAAACUUAGGCAUGAAGAUGGACUUACAGGAGUAAUUGGGUCUUCAAAUGGCAUUCCUCCUGGCUCACCUCUUCAUCAGCUGGACAGCAAACCUCCAAAUGGAGACUCUUUGCAGCUUAAUGGAAACCACUCAAUUGGACUAGAUGGAGUUAAUAAAAAGUGUCUUUCAGAUGCAGCUCUGCAGCUUAAUGGUGAUGCUGAUGAGUUUUCCCUUUGCUUGGGGAAAGAGAUGAAGCAGGAGCCAGUGGAUGAUCUACCGUGUAUGCUUUCAGCCGUUGGUGGUUCCAUGUCUCAGAAUAACUUACCUGAUUUAAAUCUAAAUGAGCAGGAAUGGAAAGAACUCAUAGAAGAACUAAACAAAUCUGUACCCGAUGAAGAUAUGGGUGACCUUUUCAGUGGAGGUUUUGAAGACAAAAAAGACACGGAUGCCUCAAACUCAGCAACACAGACUCCCCUUGCUCAAGAUAUUCAUGUAAAGAGUGAGUUUUCUCCAGCAUUUGAGCAGGAGUCCAUUGGAUCUCCCCAAGUGAGGUCUGCAUCAUCGGGUCCCUAUAUUGGAAACUCUUCAGUGCCUGGUAGUGCAUCACCGGUAGUAGGUGGUAAUCACACUGUGUUCCAGCCAUCUGCUCAAACGGUUACGGAUUCUACCAAUCAGACUAUGAUGCAAUCUACUAACCAAGCACCAAAUGUGCAGAGAUCUCUAUCCAAUGUACUAAUGCCUGGACAAGCAGCUGGAAGUGCCAAAGAAAUGUCCUCUGCGCACCAACUUCAGCAGAUAGCAGCUAAACAAAAACGGGACCAGUUAUUGCAGAAUCAGCCACAAGUUCACCAAACCAAUCAGAUGACGAGUUGGCCACAGUCUGGUUCCUCACAGAGUCCUCUUGGAGUUCCGUACAACAUGGAGAAGCCAACCAGUCCUUCUCUUUACCAACAAGACUUUAACAAUCAGAAACUAAUGAUGCAGAACAUGAACAAGAGUUCUCCGCGUAGUGCAGGAAAUUACAUGCAGGCAAACCAUGUAAACAUGAUUGGUCACAAGCCACCAAAUAAUAUAAACUCUGCUCAGGUUCCGGGCCCAAAUUCUAUGUUGGACUAUGGCAACACAAAACCAUUGUCCCAUUUUGAGGCGGACUGUGGUCCAGGGGUGACAGCAGCACAGAACCAGAGCAAAACGGUAAUGCUGACAUAUCUUCAGCAACGCCAGCAGCAACAAUUGCCUCAUAUGACUGAGGAGCAAAGCCAAAUGUUCAUGAUGAAGAGAAAAGCUGGAAUUCCUUAUAGGCCUUUAGUACCACAUGGCCAGGUAAGUGUGUAAACUGUGUAUUGUACUUUCUUUAUCUGUUCACGUUUUGUUUAGCAUUGAAUGAUCUGAAGUGUUUACUAACCUAAUGUUAAAAGUAUAUUGGUGUGUUAUCAAUAUAUGUAUUUGUAUUGUAUAAAUCCUGUCACCAUAUUGCUUCAGAUAUUACCAUGAAGCUCUUCUACGUGAAGAAAUCUGUAUGUUUUAACCAGACUGCUUGACACCUGCCUUUUUUUUUAAACCACACACUAUCUCUUCUCCCCUUCACAAGUCACUGUCUUUAACUGGACUGUUGGCUGAUCCUAGGCAUCAGUCAAGUUACACAGUAGGAGCUGAAAAUGAAAAAUUUAAAGAGCAAUGCUCAUAUCAAUCUCUGCAAUUGGAACUUUUGUGAAAACAGAACAUAAUUUAAAAUAAACAAAACCGAAACAAAUUUUAGGGAUUAUGUAUGAUGAAUUUAAAAGUAAAUUCUAGAAAGCCCCUGUGCCAUUUUAAAUCUGAUCUAUUGUGAAAUAAAAAUCUUGCACAUUUCAAAAGAUAAAGCAACAUCACAUCACAAUAAAUGUUUUAUAUAAUUUGUUACAGCAGUUUAGCUCUAUAGUAUUUGUUAUUGUAGUCUUUAACCCCUUAACCAACAUAUGUAAUACUUGACAUUUUUUACAAAUUGAUUUCCAAAUACCUUAUGUCGGCACUGAAUGCCCUGCUUGUUUCUUUGGCUGUCCCAUGCAGCCGCGUAGCCUUUAGCUGAGUGGGACAUUCCAUCUUGGAAUAGGAUCCUUGUAGAACAUAAUGCUGUGAUGGCAUAUACUAAUGUUUUGUUAAUGAUUAAACUAUUGGCAAUAUAUUUCUGUGACAAACCGCUUGUAUGUGUGUUUGGUUCUGGAUUUAAAUACCCAUUUAAUUCCCACAAUCUUGUGGAGUCAAACCUAGUUCUUGUGGCUAAAUCUGUUUUAAAGCUUUCCAUGUUUCGGGAUUUGCAUUUCCUAGAAAUGACAAUAAAUGUAGAUAUGUUUAUCUAUUUCUGUAGUUUCAGUAUAAGAAAAGGUACCUUUCAUGUGGAGUCAUUGACUGUUUAUUUUCUCUGUUGCAGAAAACACACUUUGCAUUAUUGGUGUUUUUGACUUAAAGCAGAAAAAGAUGUGUUCAGUAUCCACUUGGCAAAAUGUGUAACUUUUUCAGUAAACGUGUGUCCACAUGCAGAACAAAGAUAAUAAACAAUGGAAUGAAUGUAAAUCCUCACUGACAGAUAAACCAAGAAAUAUGAUACCCUUCCAUAAUGUUGAAAAACAUAUGUAAAUCUUAAAGGAACACUCCAAUACAAAGUGAUGCAGUGCCUAUGGUGCUAGAAGUGCACUGGCACACCCAUAAUAUGUAGCAAACCGCUAACAGUGAAUCUCUGUGCACCACUUCUUGCCUCUUCCACUGUCAGUACUCCAUGGAAUUUUUUUCCUGGCGCCUGGUAUUUGUGAGCCCGCUCUCUCCGAGGUGGGCGGGAGGCUGGCUGUGCAUUUUGUUAGUUAGCAGCGAGGGAGCUAUAAUCUUCCUGCUCUGCUCCCUCGCAUGCUGCUUGGUGACACCGGAAUAGAACGUCACUCCACUCCCUCGCCGCCUACUAUACAUUAUAUUAGAUGAUCGAGAUAAGCUAGAAAGGCAGACAAAAAUGGAAUGUCAUUGGGAAACAUAGGGAGAGGACUAGAACAGAGCGUCAUAAGACUGGUAUACAAUCAGGGAUGUGUAGGCAAAGUACAGGGAGAAUGCAUUGAUGUAAAGGAUAGACAGAGGCUUCAGAAAGGCCCGGGUCUAGCAGCUAGCCAGAGGGAAAUGUGAAUGAAGAGCCGUGGCAGUAAGCCUGGAACUAUUCAGUUAGGACAAUGGUUCACAAACUAGACCUCAAGGCACUCUCUACAAAUCUAUUACUUAGUUGUGUCUAAGGUGUUUUAAGAAAGAAAGGAGGAGGAAAAAAAAAAAACACCAACAAUCCCUAAAUCCUAGACUAGUAGGCAUGCCUUGAGGACUGGUUUGCUAACCAUUGUUGGGACAUUGAUUCCAUUUUCAUUGUUGUCAUAGUUAUACUGAACAAGAAAAGUCACUAACUAUUGUGUACUGAAUAAAAUGUGGAACCUGAAGGUAAAACUGGAAUUUGGAGAAGAAUGGGCUUUUAUUUUUGUUUGUUUAAAGGUAUUAAGCUGCAUUUAUAGGCCCAUCCCCUGUACAGUGACUGUUUAGUUCAGCUAUGCUUGCCAGGUUAGCAUCCACUUACCAUUUUUCAGGAGCAACCAAAACAUUUGUUUGAGAGAAUGGAGUAUUCCAAAUAAAAGUUACUUGCACACUAUCUCAAAUCCCUAUGCACAUUUAAAUAACAGGAUGUUGUUUACUAUCAAUCCAAUGGCCAUUAAAGUGUAAGCUCACCUGCCAUGUCAAUGCAAAACCUUUUGGGUGAGUCCUACAUUUCAUCUUGCUUCUUUCAGCUUAAAAAUACAAUAUCUGAGACACAUAUGGGUAUUUUAUAUUCACUGUUUAGUAGAAAUAAUCAAAGUAAAAACAUGCAUGCAUUUAUUUAAGCAUUAUUUCAUUGGGGUAUAUCUAAAAGCAGCUUCCAAAAGCUGUAAUUUUCUUGUCUGCUGACUUUGCAAGCCCUCCUCUUCUCCUCCAGCUCACACUUUCUGUUGCUGUCCAAUCACAGAUUUUGCAAUGCAGCUCAGUGUGACAUCUUUGCAAGGCAGGUACUCUUGGCAAUUUUCUGCCUCUUGAGUUUAGCUCCACUGAGCUAACCAAACCGGGAAUUAACAGGACCUUUUGUCUAACAGCCAGGAGGGCGUAACAAGGAAAUGUUAUAAUUUCUAUUGAAAUCUACAUUAUAUUUGGUGGGUUAAAAAAAAUAAUAAAGGACACACUCUUGCAUUUCAGUGAGAUAAAGUGCUUUAGGUGCCCAGAGUGUACCUUUAAGAAUAGAAAAGGCUGGGAGAAGGGAAUAUGGGAGAGAAGACAAAUGUACAAUCUAGGCUGUCAUGGAGCAGAGAGUUGUGUGCAGACUUAAUAGGCUAGGGAUAACUAUUAAUCAGUACAUAGUACAUGGGUGUAUACAUUUCACCCACACUAAACUGUGGUAAGAAACACAUUUUGGAGCAAAGAGAGAGCCAAGUAUUCUGACCAUUUAGCCGAGUUGUUCUUACAACAAAUUUGUGGCUCCUGAAAUGGCUACACAUUAGUGUGUGAUCCCUAAUAGGCUCCAGGGGGACCGUGUGGAGGAGGUCAGUUUCAGGGUUAAAGGGCAGAGCCACUGCCAUUACCACUUUUAAUGUAUUUUACCUGGUGUUGGCUAUCAGUGCAUUGUUUUUUUUGAGUUCUCUUUUGUUAUCACAUAACUACAAUAACAGAAUUUUUGUCACCCAUCAAAUUAACAGGACCAGAACUCACAACCUGGUGUUCCCCGUCUUCCUGUUUCGUCAUCAGGACCAGGUGUGGGCACCCAACAAUCAGCAGUCACUAUGGCUGGUAACCACAAUAAUGGCUACCUGAACAGCCAGCAGCAAGCGGUAAUGAAGCAGCAGUUAAUGGUGGAGCAGAAGCAAAGGGAGCAGAAGCAGUUACUAAUGGAACAAAAGCAGAGGGAGCAGUACCACUUAAUGGGACAAAGACAGCAGCAACAAUUAUUGGCUGAACAGGUAUUUUCUGUAUGUUUUAUUCUGUAAUAAUUGUUUUAUGACCAACUUGCUAGGAUUAUCAUAUCAUGGAAAUUGCAUGACCUUCAUUUCCUGAAACAGUUAAUGGCUUAUGUUGCUAUUUCUACCCAAAUGCAUAUACCAAAAUCCUUUUAGCGCUUGUACUCAUAGAGCCUGCUGUAUUCUUCUGUUUCCUGCAUAAUGGGAGUGGGGAUUGGUAAUGCUGGGUUUAGUGGGCCCUUUUACUUCCAGACCCAGCACUACAAUAGAAAUACCCUAGGAUAUAUUACUCUGUGAAGUGUCUAGCUGGCAGUUACUGACAUUUUCCGGUGGGGGUGAGGGUGGGGGGGGAGAGGGGUAGAGAGUCUCAUUGAGUCAGAAUCUGCAACAUUGUACUGAACUGCUGCAGUUCAGGGCAGAAACUACCUCUCUAAUAAGCUAGUUGUUUAAUAGUGAAUAUAUUCUUUACUCACAUUUUGCAUUAUAUGUAGCCGUAUUUGUUACUAGAGCAUGAAUUGUCAAACUCAAGGCAAUUUACUUUCUGGCUUAAUUUUAAACCAAUAACAUACAAUUUUGGUGUAAAAUUUGAAGUGCACUUUAAAUUCCAUAAAAUGCAUACUUUAGUAAAUAACCUUAAAGCUAAUUUUUAAAGGACCACUAUAGUGCCAGGAAAACAUACUCGUUUUCCUGGCACUAUAGUGCCCUGAGGGUGCCCCCACCCUCAGGGACCCCCUCCCGCCCGGCUCUGGAAGGGGAAAGGGGUAAAAACUUACCUUUUUCCAGCGCUGGGCGGAGAGCUCUCCUCCUCCUCUCCGCCUCCGUUACGCCCCGCCGGCUGAAUGCGCACGCGCGGCAAGAGCUGCGCGCGCAUUCAGCCGGUCUCAUAGGAAAGCAUUUACAAUGCUUUCCUAUGGACGCUGGCGUGCUCUCACUGUGAAAAAUCACAGUGAGAAGCACGCAAGCGCCUCUAGUGGCUGUCAAUGAGACAGCCACUAGAGGAUUAGGGGGAAGGCUUAACCCAUUCAUAAUUAUAGCAGUUUCUCUGAAACCGCUAUAAUUAUGAAAAAAUGGGUUAACCCUAGAAGGACCUGGCACCCAGACCACUUCAUUAAGCUGAAGUGGUCUGGGUGCCUAGAGUGGUCCUUUAAGCCAGGCUUUCAGAAUUAAAUGCCAAUAAUUUGCAUAUUAAUCCCUUCACCCAGUUCCCAUUCCUAUUAAAUAUUUUUACUUGUACUUUUCCCUUCUGUUUAUGCCUGUGCCACGUGCGGUCAGGACACAGUAGCUGGGCUCCAUGGAAGUAUUUGCAUCCAGAUUGAGUAACUGUGCAGCCAGUGGAGGCAGAUGCAGGUUGUUGCCGGGAGAGACUGCUGCAAUGCUGAAUAGACACCCGGGAUAUGUCAUACAGCUUCCCGAUUAGUUAUAGGUUGAUCCAAAUUCUGGCAUUGGGAACGGAGAGGUGGUGUUUCCAUUUAAUCCACUGGAUUGUUUUUAUUACCCAUUGAUUUGGGAAUAAAAGCAGACUUUCUCUAACCACUUCGCAUCGGCACUCAUGAAUACAUGAUUUGUAUAAUUGCAAAUAAUAUUUGCUUAUUGCAAACUAAUUUUAUUUGGAAAUUAUGCUUUUUAUAACUGCUGAAAGUCACAGCUCAGCAACCGCUAUUCUCCUCCAAGCUGCUAGUUCCAAAUUGGAGUGGGGACAGAGGGAAGCAGCAGUUUCUCCUCCGAUUUUCACACUAAUCUGAGAGUGCUGCUCUCUGGUGGAGAGAACUGCCAGUCUUCUGUUUCUCUGAUUUUUGUUAUGAUGCCGCCUCUGGGCAGAUGCAGCUUCUACUUUUACAUGGGAUGUGUAGACACAAUGGAUCAUUAAUUAUUUCUAACUAUUUCACACAUUUAACUCUCUUCUUCGCCCUAUUCUUCCUCCACCUACUAACUUGACCGCCCCAGACUUUGUAACUCACUUCACUGACAAGAUCUCUACAAUCAGAGAAGAGAUCUCUCCUCUUUCUUCUUCACCUUACAAUACUUCCUCUAACCUCACUCCCUCUGCUGUUCUAUGUCCAUUCGCACCCGCUACAACGGAAGAUGUUUCUGCUCUGCUCCAGUCCUCCCGCCCCACCACCUGCUCCUUAAAUCCAGUUCCCUCGCAUCUCAUCCGUACGCUGUCUUCUUUCUCUACCUCUCACUAAAAUUCUCAAUCUCUCUCUCCUCUGGCAUAUUUCCAUCGCCCUUCAAACAUGCAACUGUAACCCCAAUUCUAAAGAAGCAGAACCUUGAUCCCCCAACUCCCCAUCCAACUACAGUCCUAUCUCGCUACUGCCUUUUGCCUCCAAGAUCCUUGAAAGAGUUGUGUAUGCGAGAUUGACAGACUUCCUUGAGUCUAACUCUCUGCUCCACUUAAGUCUGAUUUCCGCGCUAAGCACUCUGUAGAAACGGCACUGACCAAAGUAUCCAAUUAUCUACUCUCUGCAAAAUCUCAUGGUCACUACUCUAUCCUAAUUCUCCUUGACCUUUCUGCGGCUUUUGACACUGUUGCUAAUCGACAGCUUCUUCUCAUCCUCCGCAACAUCGGUCUUCAAGAUAUUGCUCUCUCCUGGUUUCUCCUCCUACCUCUCCCAACCCUCUUUCAUUGUUUUUCUCUGGCACUGCUUUUUCUACCCAACUCCUCUCUGUUGGUGUCCCCCAAGGUUCAGUCCUUGACUGCCUCUCUAUUUCUAAGUGGAUUGCUGCCCACUUCCUUAAACUCAACUUGACCAAAACUGAAAUUCUGGUCUUUCCUCCCUCAAGUGUUGCUACUCCUGUAUCUGUCUCCCUCAAAGUCAACGGUGCUAACAUCAGCUCCACCAUGCAGCUCUUCCUGCUCACCUCCCUUUGUCGAUCCACAGUGAUGACGUCACUACAGCGCCUGGCAUCACUAACGGCAAGCGAGAAGAUGCUGAGCCGCAAAAUCAUAGCUCCCUCACUGCCUAUUUUGCACACCACCUUCCUCCCCUUCGCCCUUGCCUGCUCACCCCCCCAUCCUGCCUGCCCAGCGGCCAGCCCAGCAGCCACACUGGACACAAAGUAAAAAUCCACCCAGCUCUCGCAAAGGUAGUUAGGCUUGGUGGAUUUAAACUAAAAUAAAAGUAAAUAAUUAUUUGGAAAUGUGUGUUUUAUCUGUCAGUGAGUGUGUGUGUGGGUGUCUCAUGCCUGGGGCAGCACAAAUUCAAAAUACACCACUGUGUGAGUGGUGAACUUCAGUACCUAUCUAAUGUGCUAAAUUGUAUUCCAUGCAUUUGUCAUGGUUUUUUUUCUUUUUUCUUUUUUUUCUUUUCUUUUUCCUAACCUUAGUAUUCCUGGCCAUAACUUAAUCAUUGCAGUUUCUCAGAAACUAGUGUACACUGCAGGGAAAGAUACAAUAAGGUUAAGGGGUCUGGUUACAUAUAGUGACCCUUUAAGUGUUUGUCUGCAAGGUAUGUUUUCAACUACGUGUAUUUGUGACUGAUUGUAAAAAAAUAAAAAAAAUGUGUUUACAGGAAAAGCAGAGACACCAACAGGAGCAACAAUUACAGCGGCAUUUGACCAGACCUCCACCUCAAUACCAGGAUCAACCUCAGAGUGCAUAUCCACAGCAACAAAUUGCUCCUUUUCCAGGUAAAAUGUGUUAAAAUUGUUUAUUUAACACUACCUUUGUCUCCUGAAAUUCGAUUUGAGCUUGGUGUAUUUGAUAAAUUGAGAGAAAAACUCAAAACGUUAUCUGCACAUUAUCCCAAAUGGCUAUGGCCAUUUUAAACAUUUAAAAAAAUAAAGCCUAGCACAUUAUACAACUUUGGGGUUAGUUUUUAUUUAUUUUAUUUUAUUUUUUUAAAGCAGCCUUUUCACUUUUUGUGGUCUUUGCUAAUUUUUCCAAAGACAUCAGAUGGUGGAUACUGUGUUUUCUUUAGCUCCCCAUGCUUAGUCAGUGCUGUACUCUCUCAUGUGUGCGAGACAACAACACUGAAGUUUAUAGAGGAAACUGUGGGACAAAGCUACAGUGUUAUUUGUAUCUGAUCUUUUUACGGAUGCAGCAUUUUAAUAUUUUAAAACACCUUAGAUUUUGGUUUAUUAAUAUCAUGUAACUUUUACAUGCUCAAAUUUGUAGUAGUUUUGUUUUUUGUGUGUGUAUGUGUGUUUGGUAGUAGUGGAUAUUAUGUGUUGCUAAAUGCUGCUUCAUAAGCAUUCCCUCACUCCCCACCCAAACCACUAAAGAAUUGCUUAAAUGUUUACAUACACAGCUCAGCCACUGACAAUACUAUACUGUGUCGUCUUUAUUGUGGAUUAAAUUAACUGAAAAAGAAAAGAAAUGGAGGAUACAAUAUGUAUAUAAGCAAUGGAAUACUGGGAACAAGUGUGUGUGUGUGUAUGUGUGUGUGUAUAUAUGUAACUUUUAAUGAAAGUAUAAAUUACUAAAAAGUCUCUUAUAACAAAAGACCCACUACAAUACAAAAAAUAGUACUAUGUGCACAUACACACAACAUUAAUUAAAAAUAAAACAGAGGCUGGUCCACAUUGCUGGGUAAAUAGUAAAUGUCCCUAAAGGGCGAUUAGAUGUAGAGCGAUAAAUCAUAUAUCAAGUAGACUGUAUAAUAACAGAGUAUCAGCUGACAACAGAUUAAUUAUAAGUAAUUGCUUGGUGGACACAAGUAAAAUGAUGGCUCUAUUGGCAACUGUGUAUAACAGUAGCUAUAGGAAUAUAACCAAAAUGUAGCAAAAGAAACUGUCUGCUUCAGAAGUGAAAGUAGUAUAGAUAACUAUUAGAUGAAAGAUCUGACACUAGUGGUAUAAAUACCUAUAGUUCUACCAAGUAUAGAGCAGGGUGGGUAGGGGAAAAGAGAGAGGGGUUAACAAAAUAACUGUCCCUAUAGUGCCUUCGAGGGCACCCAUUACCCCUAAAAUGACCCUAGUUUGAAAUAAAAUAGCAAUCCACCCGCUCCUGAAAGGAGUAUAAUACCAAUAAGAGAACAGAUGCCAGAGGACCAAAAUAAGUAGAGAAAUUAAUACUGAAAUGUCAGAAAAAACCGCGAGCAGUAUAGUGACCACAGCAAUGCCCCAAACGCCCCUGAUGCACGUUUCGCUAGAUCAGCUCUGAUCAGCUGAUGUAGCGAAAUGUGCGUCAGCUCUGACGAGCUGAUCUAGCGAAACAUGCGUCAGGGGCGUUUGGGGCAUUGCUGUGUGAAAUGCAAAUAAUCAGUGCAGAUUUAAGCGGACAAUAUGGAAAGUUUGAAUAAUUGUUUAAUAUGUAGCACAAGCAGUUUUCAGUGUUAUUUGUAAUGCAAAUAUAAAGUUUUAUCUGGUCUGUAUUUCAGGGUCUUCAGUGAUGCCUGCAGUAAACAAUCUGAAUCAUCCCUCCUCUGGAAGUCCACGUAUGUUUUCACAGGCACAGCCAAUAAUUCAGAUUGGUGGUGGACAUGCAUCUGUACCACAGUUGCCAUCUGGUUCUAACUCCCAAGACAGGGCUGUUAAACAGUACCCCAAUUUGCAGAGCGUGCAGCGAGGUGCCUUGUAUAACAUGGGAUCUGGUAUUCCACAAAUGGUGCCAAAUCAUGGAGCUCAAAAUAACAUACCUAAUGGACAGCCUCAAAUUCAGAGGUCAACAAGUAUGGGUCAAGGAAACAGUCUUCCUGCUGGUUAUGGACAGAAUCCUAUGGGAAAUCCUGGCUUGCAACCUCAGCACAGUAAAGGAGGAAUGAAUCCUGCGCUGUCAAAGGCUCAACUUCCAAGAAUGCCUGCAGCGAUGGUUUCACAGAACCCUGUGUGGCAGCAUCAGGGCAUGCAAAAUAUAAAUAAUCAGGCUCAAGGAAAUAAUGUCUUGGGUGCAUUUACAGCUGCCAAUGCUGGAUUUCAUCUCCAGCAGAAUCAUCACAAAAUGGCAAACCAACAGUUUGGACAAGGCAUGUCACAGGUUGGCCUUGGGGCUAAUCGACCUAUGACAUCAAUAAACACGAACGUCCCUGGUCAGAUGAUACCAAAUCUGACAGCCCAACAAAGGACAAAUCCUGCUACUCAACAGUCUUCACCCAACCAGCAGGUAUUACAAGUGAUGAACCAAGCAGUGCCAGAACUGGCACCCUUUAGCCAAAAUCCUGGUCAGCAAAUGAGUAAUCGAGCUGGUCUUCAUUGUAACCAGAAUUACCAGGUGAGAUCGACAAGUCAAGAACUGCCGUUUGGGUAUGGCAGUCAGUCUGGAAAUGGUGCGUUACAGAAUUUAUCUGGCGAUGCUGAUUUGUUGGACUCUUUAUUAAAAAACAGGACUUCAGAAGAGUGGAUGAAUGAUUUGGAUGAGCUGCUGGGGAAUCAUUGAUACUGCGUCUG